UCUUGCUUGUAUUUGCAAGAGAGUAGAUACCUUCUGCAAUUGCUCCGUUGCUAAUUGAUUGUUCCUCAAAUUCUGCAGCUGCCAUGACAGAGCCAGAGUCUUCUCGAUGUAGACCUGAAGGGACCUAUGAUGUCUUCUUGAGCUUUAGAGGAAAAGAUACUCGCAAGACAUUUACAAAUCAUCUAUAUACUGCCCUACUCCAAGCAGGAAUCCACACUUAUCGAGAUGAUGAUGAACUUCCUAGAGGAGAAGAAAUCUCCUAUCAUCUCCUCAGGGCUAUUCAAAAAUCAAAGAUAUCCAUACCUGUCUUCUCAAAAGGAUAUGCUUCUUCUAGAUGGUGUCUCAAUGAACUUCUAGAGAUUCUUAAGUGCAAAAAUAGGAAAACCGGUCAGAUUGUUCUUCCUAUAUUCUAUGACAUUGAUCCUUCUGAUGUGAGAAAACAGAAUGGCAGUUUUGCAGAAGCAUUUGUUAAACAUGAAGAGCGUUUCGAAGAGAAGUUGGUGAAGGAGUGGAGAAAAGCUCUUGAGGAGGCCGGAAACCUAUCUGGAUGGAAUCUCAGUGAUAUGGAAAAUGGGCAUGAAGCAAAAUUUAUCAAGAAGAUUAUCAAGGAUGUGUUGAAUAAAUUAGAUCCCAAGUACUUAUAUGUUCCUGAGCACCUAGUAGGCAUGGAUCGGCUUGCUCACGAUAUUUUUUACUUUCUAAGUACUGCAACAGAUGAUGUACGCAUUGCGGGCAUACAUGGGAUGCCAGGAAUAGGAAAGACGACUAUAGCAAAAGUUGUAUUUAAUCAACUCUGCUAUGGAUUCGAGGGAAGCUGUUUUCUUUCGAAUAUCAAUGAAACAUCAAAACAGUUAAAUGGUCUGGCUCUUUUACAAAAGCAACUUCUUCAUGAUAUUUUGAAACAAGAUGUUGCAAACAUCAACAAUGUUGAUAGAGGAAAGGUUCUUAUCAGAGAACGGCUUUGUUGCAAAAGAGUUCUUGUUGUUGCUGAUGAUGUGGCUCGUCAGGACCAACUAAAUGCUUUGAUGGGAGAGCGAAGUUGGUUUGGUCCCGGAAGUAGAGUAAUUUUGACAACAAGAGAUUCAAAUGUUCUUCGUAAAGCGGAUCGAACAUAUCAGAUUGAAGAAUUGACACGAGAUCAGUCCCUUCAGCUUUUCAGCUGGCAUGCCUUUAAGGACACCAAGCCAGCAGAAGAUUAUAUUGAGCUUUCGAAGGAUGCAGUUGAUUACUGUGGAGGACUUCCUUUAGCUCUUGAGGUUAUAGGGGCUUGUCUGUCCGGGGAAGAAAAAUAUAUAUGGAAAAGUGAAAUUGACAAAUUGAGAAGAAUUCCAAAACACGAUAUUCAAGGAAAGCUUAGAAUAAGUUUUGACGCACUGGACGGUGAAGAACUACAAAAUGCAUUCCUUGAUAUCGCUUGCUUCUUUAUUGAUAUAGAGAAAGAGUACAUCACAAAAGUGCUAGGAGCCCGUUGCAGUUACGAUCCAGAAAUUGAUUUGAAAACUCUCCGUAACAGGUCUCUGAUUAAAGUAUUGGGAGGGACGAUAACCAUGCAUGAUCUAUUACGAGACAUGGGAAGGGAGGUCGUUCGUGAAACGUCUCCAAAAGAACCUGGAAAGAGGACCAGAAUUUGGAAUCAAGAGGAUGCAUGGAAUGUACUUGAGCAGCAGAAGGGUACGGAUGUUGUAGAAGGUCUUGCACUGGAUGCCAGAGCAUCAGAAGCUAAAUCACUUAGCGCAGGAUCAUUUGCAAAAAUGAAACGCUUAAAUUUACUCCAAAUCAAUGGAGUACAUCUCACCGGAUCCCUCAAACUGCUUUUUAAAGAGUUGAUGUGGAUUUGCUGGCAUGAAUGUCCUUUGAAAUAUUUUCCAUCUGAUAUUACACUGGACAAUCUAGUUGUUCUUGAUAUGCAGCACAGUAACCUCAAAGAAUUAUGGAAGGGAGAGAAGGUGGGAAACAUACUACAAUCCCCAAAAUUUAUCCAGUACGUAAUUUAUAUUUAA